AUGUCCACACCCAGUAGCCCUGGCUUGGAUGCUGUACGUGACCGCUUCCGUGUUUUAUGGUUCCGAGACACCAGUACGGCAAUGGCUCGAUACAGAGACUCCUCGGAAGAAACAGAUACCGCCAGUGACGUGGACCCUGAAGUGCCGCCAACUCCAGCCGAAAGCUACACUUCCGAGGACGGGUUACUGCCUCCCGCUUAUAUGAUUCCGAAGCCAUGGACAAAAAAGCGUUCCUUGUUCAUGUGUGGGGCUGUUUGGUUGUCCAUGCUAUUGAUAUUUGUUCUCUUGAACUUACUUCUGUUCGUGGCCCGCGAAGUUUGGGACGCCGCGUCCGAAGAGUUCGAAGAAGCGAGCGUCGUCGAACCCAUCCCUUGUCACUCUCACAACGACUACUGGAGGAAACGGCCGAUCUAUGACGCUCUCCAAGUAGGCUGCAUUGGCAUCGAGGCUGACGUGUGGCUAUACGGCACCGAGUUGUAUGUUGGCCACAACAAGUGGUCCCUUCGCGAGAAGAAGACAUUUACCAAUCUUUACGUCGAUCCCCUCGUUCGUCUACUGGAGGAACGUAAUGUGGACCUCGAAAACUCCACCCAACAGUCGCCUCGAGGUGUUUACGAGGCAAGCCCGGAACAGACAAUGGUACUUCUUGUGGACCUGAAAACAGGUGGUCCUGAAACCUGGCUACAGGUAGUGCGCCAACUGGAGCCCUUGCGCGAGCGAGGAUGGCUUAGUAAGGUCGUUGAUGGCAAAGUUCACUACGGACCCAUUACCGUCGUCGGUACUGGCAACACCCCUUUCGAGCUGGUCGCCGAGGAUCCGACUUACAGAGAUACCUUCUUCGAUGCGCCUCUUCUCAAACUCGACAGCCAUAACUUUAACCCAACCAACUCAUACUAUACCAGUGUUUCGUUCAAGAAGGCGAUUGGUACUGUAUGGUUCGGGGACCUGUCGGAGGCCCAGAUGACGAAGCUGAAAGCCCAGGUCAAAGAAGCUCACUCUCGCGGCUUGAAGGUUCGAUACUGGGAUCUUCCCGCGUGGCCUAUCAGCAUCAGAAACCAUAUUUGGGGUGUACUCAUCAGGGAAGGCGUCGAUAUCUUGAACGUGGAUGAUCUCAAGGGUGCCAAGAAAGAGUGGGAUCUUCGGGGAUGGCCAAGACUCACGACCAACUUGACAGUACCUGCCUGA